CAGGUGGCUCGCGCGCACGCGCAGUUGAGCCUAGUCUUACCCGCUCUGGGCAUUGAGCUUUCUGGGUUUUCUGGCAGAGCUGGAACGGCCGGGAACCUGCGGGCCAGGGCUGAGAGCCUGGCGGAAGCACGCAGAGGCCUCAGCUGCUGGUGAGGGCCUCGGGCCCUGACUCCAGGUUCUGCUGCCCGAACAGCGGUCAAAGAAGCCUCCGGCUUCAGGGUCUUCUCAGGAGGAGCUACAGAGGGAGAAAAUGACCACGAGGUUGCUGCCAGCCCAGGUUCAGGAGCCUGUGACGUUCAGGGAUGUGGCCGUGUCCUUCAGCCAGGAUGAGUGGUUGCACCUGGACCCUGCUCAGAGAACCUUGUACCGAGAGGUGAUGCUGGAGAACUACAGCAACCUGGUCUCGCUGGGGAUCCUGUUUUCCAAGCCAAAGGUCAUCGCUCAGUUAGAACAAGCAGAAGACUUCCCGAUGGUGGAAAGUGGGAUGUUUCAAGGAUGGAAGAGCUUGUUUGAGCCCAUAGUUUCCAAAGAAGAAAAUAAGAAAGUCUUGAAAAACCAGAGAGUGGAUAAAUUUUUUAACUUCAUAUUGGGAAAAACGUGUGUAAAUGAGGAACAGUUAGAGGAGCAACCAGGCAAUAAGAAAAACCCUUUCAGCGAGAUGCUGCUUUCUGUCAGAAGAGGCUGUAGACAAGAGCGAGGCUUUCCAGGGGUCGGACUCGUGAGAAAUCCCGGCAUAAAGCUCCCAUUUCGUAGGAAACCUGGAGUUGCCGCCGGAGGGGGAAAGCCCCACUUACAGCAGUACUCAGUUCUGUUCAAACAACUGGGAUUCAACCGAGCCCGCCAGCUUUGUAAAUGCAACAUCUGUGGGAAAGUCUUCUUCCACAGUUCCUCCCUGAGCAAGCAUCAGAGGACUCACACUGGAGAGAAGCUCUACAAAUGUCAGGGCUGUCGGAAAGCUUUCAGCCAACGCUCAUCCCUGGCACAGCACCUGAGAGUCCAUACUGGGGAAAAGCCGUACCUCUGUAGUGACUGUGGGAAGGCCUUCAGCUUCACCACCUCUCUCAUUGGGCAUCAGAGGAUGCACACUGGAGAGAGACCCUAUGAAUGUAAGGAAUGUGGCAAGACCUUCAAAGGCAGCUCCUCCCUUCAUAAUCACCAACGGAUCCACACUGGAGAAAAGCCUUAUAAGUGUAACGAGUGUGGGAGAGCCUUUAGCCAGUGCUCAUCUCUGAUUCAGCACCAUAGGAUUCACACUGGGGAGAAACCAUAUGAAUGCAGCCAGUGUGGGAAGGCCUUUACAUCAAUAUCACGGCUGAGCAGACACCACCGCGUCCAUACCGGAGAGAAGCCCUUUCACUGUAAUGUGUGUGGCAAAGUGUUCAGUUACCACUCGGCCUUGACCAUCCAUCAGAGAACUCACACUGGAGAGAAACCAUAUGCAUGCAAGGAAUGUGGGAAAGCCUUCAGCCAAAGCUCAGCACUUACCCAACAUCAAAGAAUCCACACUGGAGAAAAGCCGUACAAGUGUGCCGAAUGCGGAAAGGCCUUUUCCUGGCUCUCACGGCUUAACAUCCACCACAGGAUCCACACGGGGGAGAAACCGUAUCACUGUAAAGAGUGUGGGAAAGCCUUCAGUUCCCACUCUGCGGUCAAUACGCACAGAAAGAUCCACACUGGUGAGAAACCUUAUAAAUGCAGUGACUGUGAAAAAGCCUUCAAUCAAAGCUCGGCCCUUAUUCAGCAUCAGAGAAUCCACACCGGAGAGAAGCCGUUUAACUGUAAAGUUUGUGGGAAAGCCUUCCGACAGAGUUCCUCGCUUAUGACACAUAUGAGGAUCCACACAGGAGAAAGGCCGUACAGAUGCGAAGCUUGCGGGAAAGCGUUCAGUCAGAGCUCAUCUCUUGCCAACCACCAGAAGACACAUUACUGAGAAAAACCAUAGAAGUAAAAUGCAUGCAUGCGGUAGAUCUGCCUUGAGACAUUCCUUCUCCGCUGACUGUAACAGAAUUCAUCUGGAGAGUGAUGAGUAGCAGUUAGUCGGGGCUGAGCAUGAAGUUAGAUUUCAGCAAACAUCAGGCAUUUGUGAUGCAGUAUAAACUUGUGAGUGUUGGGAAAACUUACAUAGAAUAUUUGGAAAUGUUACAUCGUAUGUGGAUUCUUUGAAGUUUCACUGAUGGUGGAGUUGACACUGAGAUUGAAAGAUUAAUAUUUUCUUUCUAGUGAUGCAGACUUAAUAGCCACCAGCUUUUUUUUAACAUCACUGCUGAUUUAGGUAGAAGUGCAUACUUGAGACCAGUCUAGGAUCUGUGUUGUCUGCCUUUGAGUGUGAGUGCAAAAUAGCUGAAUUAGAAAACACGAGAAAAGAAGUCUGCGUGGGUAACGCACAGCUGCUUCAGGGUCAUUUCACUAAAGUGUGUUUUCUAAUACUCUGGAAACAAGUGCUUGUUUAUUUAUUUUAUUUUAUUUUUGUUUUUUUGAGACAGGGUUUCUCUGUCCUGGAACUCACUUUGUAGACCAGGCUGGCCUCGAACUCAGAAAUCCGCCUGCCUCUGCCUCCUGAGUGCUGGGAUUAAAGGCGUGCACCACCACGCCUGGCUGCUUGUUUAUUGUUAACAAUUUUGGUUCAUUUUUCCUUUCUCUAUUGCUGGAUUUUCUUGGGCCUGCCAGCAACAUGAAGACUUCCAGUAUAAUUUAAAGCUCAGGCCUUUUGCUGGGGCAGUCCCCCAGAUGCAGCUUAAACUUAACUCAAAUGUACUAGCCUGAGACUGGCCACAAGCCUAGUUCUUUGCCCCCAUCUCUCUCCAGUCUCUGUUCUUUUCCGUGUCCACUUCUGAAUCUCUCCCUUCUUGCCUCCCCUGUGUUAGCCCCAGCUAUUGGCCAUUAGAUCUUUAACACAACCAAUUUUUUAAGUUGUUUUAGGCAGGCUAGGAAGGGCAAACAUUUACAAUGUAGAAUUCUAGUGAUGGGCAUAAAAAUGACAAUACCAAAAUCCUGCCAGCACUUAGUUGUCUGCCUGUACAAAAUUAACAGUUGAAAACACAGAGACACGCCUCAAUACAAUUUGAGGAAGGUCAGCCCAACAAAUUCACUAAGCUGAGAAGAAAACCACCCUGAGUAUGUAGGUGUAUUAUUUCUUGAAUUGUCUUCCCACAAUUUACCACCUCUGGUUCAGACCCAAAGGCACUCUAAGGCACAAAAUGCCUGCCGUCUCCACUUGCUUUUCUCAGAGAGCAAUUGCCUUUGCUGUAUUAAAUUGUGAGGUGAGGUUCCUUGGACAAAUGCAUUUCAGAUUUUAUUUUUACACACACACACACACACACACACACACACACACACACACACACACUCACACACACACACGCUUACACACACACGCUCAUUCACACACACACACAUGCACACAUACUCACACACAACACACACACACUCUCACACACACUGACACACACACACACACGCUCACACACACACACACACACACACACAGUUUGUUAGAAAUGAGAAAUUACUUCACAGUGUAGCACGGUGCUCCCUGUAGCAGAUGUGCUCUGUUUAUAUAGACUUCUCGAGUCAGCUUCUUAAGCCUAUGACAUUUCUAGAGCUUCCUGAGCCGCGAGAGCCUCUUUUUUCCCUGUUCCCAUUCCAGGUAAGCUCAAAGCACAUAACAGCACCCUCUCCACUCUUCUCUUCUGCAACCUUCCCUGUGCCUUAGAGCCAUACAGAUGUCUGUCUGAUUGUUGUCUUCCAUUCAUGGCUUGAGGCUCAGUAUACCACAGCAACAUUCAGUAUUCUUAGUGCCAUGACAAACUGUGACCCACAACUACCUCCCACUGGGGAGGGGUGUUUCCCAGGUCAGGAGAAAUUGCAAUCCCAUGGUUAAAACAGUUCUCUACAUAGUGAGAAUUUUUGUUUCUUUUAAAACAUAGUACUGUUUUGGGAAUAUGUUUUUUUUUUUUUUUAAUCCCAGGUGUGGGGCUGCUUCAGACUGUCCACAGCAGCUGACAUGAUUUGCCUCAUGCUCUGGCAGGGUACAUGAUUCUUCCAGCUGCAGAUAGUUUCUGCAAGUGUAUGGCGGUUGGAAUUCUGAGGACUCUUAAGAGAGUAUAUAAAUACAAGAGCCCCUGAGAGAGAUGUGGCAGCUCACCCCUCUCCUGCUGUUUGCAUUGCUGGUUUCUGGUUGGCGAUAUCCUGACUACAAAGAUCAAAAUUGCCCCCAAGGAGUUCAAAGGUCCUCAUCAGCAGGAAGUAGUCUAAUGACAUCAUCACCCCCUCUCCCUCUAUCCUUUCUCUCCUACCUAGUGUUGGGGGUUUGGAGGGGAUAAGGGUGGGGAAGGUAAGAGAAAAAAAGAACGCACAAAGAAGCCAAAAGUCAGGUUAUAGUACCACUCUUGCGAAAGGCCCUGGUUCAAUUCCCAGCACUCAUGUUGGGUGAUUUCUAACUUGCUGUAACUUCAGCUCCAGGGCAUGAAAGCUUUUGGCUUUCAUGGACAUCUAAACUCAUAUGAGAGUAUACACACUUAAAAAAAAAGUUUUCUCCCACAACCAAUGUUAAUAGCUGCGGUUUUCUAUUCCCAUAAUCUCAAAUGGUUCGAAGGUAUGUAGUACCUAUUAAACAAAAUAACAGCAGUAGUUUCCCUUACUGGGGACUAGGAUCUCCCCAGCCACAGGUUUUGCCCUGGAAAAUAGAAGUUUUCUCCAGUGAAACAGGCUUUAAAUGAAAAUGGACAAUCCUGGCUGUACCCAUACUAUGUUCGUAGCUGAACAAGAAUAUUGGCAUCGGCUCUACCCCAGGAGCCUGCACAGCUGCUUUUGAGCACUUUGACAAUGAGCUAGCACAUGGAGAUAUCUUCCAGCUCAGGCCAAGCCUGAAUUCUCCAUGCUCCUGCAACGAAAGAACGUGACAUCUCCAGCAACAGGAACUCUCAUUUAGUUCUGGAAACAAACAAAAACAACAACAAAACCAGAAACAAUUGCUUUUGUAGGGUAAGAGGGCCUCUAUGGCCAGUGAUACUGAUAGAGGCAACACAUACCUGAAACUGGGAUUUUUUUUUCACUCAACAGACUGUGGCUUCUGAGAGAGCCUCGGUUUAGCAAUGAAGGGCUAUUUAAACACCUUCACUGCUGAGUUUUUGUUGUUCUUUAGGCUGACUUCCCAGAUCAGAAAUAUAAACUUGAGAGAGUUAAGGUUAUGUUUUUCUUUUAAACAAACAAACAAAACAAAACAACGAAACCCUAGAGGUUAGAGGUAGGCAGGAUCUCUGAAGGUCCAUUGCUGUCCCAACCAAAUGGAAAUUGAUUUUAGGAUUCAGCAGCUAGCUGGAUUUAAAAAAAAAAAAUCAAAAGGCAUUCAAUCAAUUACUUUUAUUUUUUAAUCCUCCUGCUUUCUGAAGCCAUCCUGGGAUGCACAUCAAGGCCCAUGUCACAUUGUUUUCUGUGUAUUGUAUACAGUAAAAAUAAACUACAAUGUGUUUA